AUGGUGGUAGUCGCAAUGAAUCACCAACCCCCAGGCCCUGCGCGCAGUGCUUCCCACGGCAGUAGUGGUAGCCCUGUGCACUCCGCGCAAGAGCAAUCUGCACCACCGUCGUUUGGGAUUCGCCAGAUGCCACCCCCGUCUCCUCCGCACGCGUAUUCCUCGCGAUCACAGUCCGCCAACGCGCCCGCAUCAUCACUAUUCUCUCGCGAGCCACCUAGCGGCUACGGCCACCGCCCUGGUAGCAGUAUGUCGAUCUCCUCAAUGCUCGGCUCCGACCCAGAACGCCCAGCUCGCGAUUCCGGCUCCCUAUUUUCACGGCCAUCACCUGUCUUUGCUAAUGCGCCAACCUCUGCCUCUGCUGCCAUGUCGCCACCUUCUGCUCCAGCGCGCCAAUCGCCUCUCGAUCAAUCCCUCUUCCGUCGAUCACAUACCCCCGAAAAAUCCUUCUCCAAACCGCCGCCAGGCCGGCCUUAUCGAUCGGGCUCGGGAGGCGGUUCGAGUUUGCUUGGUGAUUCGUCAAAGUAUGGAGGGCUGUCACGAGCGUCACACUCGCAGUAUCCAGAGAAGCCCCAUUCAACACACCCCUCGCCCAAGGUUUCCCCGGCCGAAUCUCCUUACAAUGAGCCCCGUCGGAUGAGCUUCAGCGGCCCGAUCGCCCGCUCCAACAGCCAACCACCCAACGCCGAUACAGCUACACGGCCCCCGGGCUAUAGUCCAAUUUCGCGCCCUGGCGGAGGUGUGGGAGACCGGCUAUCUUAUGGCGGCAUUGAUCUACACGCUCGAGAUCAUAGUAGGGAACAGGCUCGCUUCGGCAGUCUGUAUGGAGAUCGUCGUUCGGAAGAAACCGCGCCUCGGGAUCGAGAACGAGAUCGCGCUGGACUUGCACAAGAGACAAAAGGAUCCCUGGGAGGGCAGGGGCGGUAUGGCUCUAUCUACGGAGAGCGGGAACCUUUAGAUCGUCACACCAGCGCUUCGAACUGGGAACAUGGUCGCUCUCAUCCCUCUUCUCCCGAGACUAAGCGACUGCCCGCCUUUGAGUCCGGAUCAGGCUUUGGCUUUGGAGCCAUACAAAGCUAUACCAAGUCCCUUGGGUCCCAACCUGGCGGUGCUCGUCAACCUGCCUUAUCUUUACAAACGGGACAACCUACGCCUUCUCCCCGUGAGUCGCCCUACCUCAGUAAGCACCAGCCGUCACAAUCGCAGCGGCUUGGGUCGACCCCGGCGACAGCUUCUUCCGCGGGUUUGAAUUCUCUGGGACUUGCUUCGGCGAGCGAAGAUGGGAGGCGCAAAGGCAGCGAUGAACUUCUGGCCCAUCGCAAUCUUUUGGCUAUAGGUGCGGACGGAAAACGUGGCGGCCGGGCGUCUCCGCUUCCCCAGGCCGUACAAGGUGCCCAAGCUCCGUUCAUUGGUGCUAGCGGCGAACCUAGUAUCAAGAAUGAACUCGGCAGGGUGUUCUCCGGGAUCGGUAGCGGCGUCGGAGGCGUGACGGCUGGUGUUUCUGGUCUGUCCGGUAGUGGACCAUCAACGCCGCUCAUAUCAAGUCCCUUCAAACGUGACAGCUUCACUGGCCGCUCGGCUAAUGGCGAGACCGAUGAUCCCAAGGCUACCCGACCACUAUCUGCCUCUGGCACUAGACGGGGACGCAAAUCGCGAGAUGAAGAUGCUCAAAUGGACCUGAACGGUGGAGCAGCAUCAUCUGCUCGCGGAAGUCGUCGAGCCCGUCACCCGCACCAUCAUCACCACCACCAUCAUCACCGCCACAAACCCGAAGAGGAAGCUUCCGCCUUGGCUGGUCUACACCGUCCCCUGUCAUCUACGAACUACUUCAACCGCACUUCUACUCCCGCCGAAGCCUCGGGGCAUCACCACCACCACCCUCAUCAUCAUCAUCAUCAUCACCAUCACCAUCCUCUUCAAGUAGUCCCCGUGCCUCCUCUACGGGAACCUCGUACCACUGUCAACCUCGAGCCGCUGCUGUCAAGUGUGGCUCAUCUACCGCGACACCACUUAGGCUCAACUCUUUACACCCCUCGCAUUAGCGUACCCAGCGCGAAGGCCUCGGCAGAGAGCUCCAAGUUCGGGUACACCAGCACGCCCCAACCUCUCCCGCGCUUCGAGCAACGGGAGAACUGCACCUUUACAGUUCGGGUACCGCGCUUCCGGAUCGACACAGGCCACCGGGAAGAAAUCUGUGCGCGUCGCGCUUUGUGGGGAACUGGCGUGUACACGGAUGAUUCCGAUCCGGUCGCGGCAGCCAUCCACUCAGGAUUCAUCCGUGGAGCCUGGGGCGAGGAUGUGGAUGAGUCGAUGCUUGACCUCGAAAUCAAAGAUAUCUACCAACAUGCCCCAGCCAAGGAAGAAACCACCAAUACCAACAAAACCAACGGCGUCUCGAAAGAAAAUGGCGAUGAUGCACCAGCCGACGACGGACCUCGUCUCCCACCCAUCCCCCCACCGAACCAAGACCUACAUAUCACCCUCUUGGUUCUCCCGCGAUUGGAGAGCUACGACGCAGCUAUCAUGUUUGGCGUCAAAUCCCGCAAGUGGGUGGGCCGCCAUGAUGGUAUGAGUUUCAAGGUUCAGCGGGUUGAGUGGAUUGAUGAAGGCGUUGCUCGGGGCGAGGAGCGGAGCGGCGAGGCCCGACGGAAACGUCUGCGCAAUUUGAUGCAGACGGGCCGUAUCUGUACGGGACCCGCUAUGGCGAAGAUGGAUGAGCUUCGCCGAAGUGGGGUGCAGGUUCCCCGGACUAUUGAUAGCCAGGAGCAGCCAACGCCUGUGCAGCCGGUAUCGUAA